AGGACUGGAACAGAUUGAAUCCACAAACAGUGCCUUUUUUUUUUUGAACUAACGCAAGCGCAAAUGCAAGAGCGGAAGGCUGCAGUUAGAACAUGUCAAAAAAUGCCACGCUAGAUGCAGGUGCUUGGCUCUACAACAGCCUUCGCACUACCACAUCUUCAAUACAGCUGUCGCAUCAACGGCCUUCUUCAGCCCAUGGUGUUCGCUCCUCGCCCGGGACUUGGUCGUCUGGGCCUUUGCGUCCAGCCAAACAUCGUUGAAGAAACGCGAUAGGCCGAUGGAACUCGAAACGAGCCAGCCCCCGGUUUCACGAAAUAGGCCCAAGGUCUCGUCGCCCACUAGCUUGAGGUGCUCCAACCCAUUUUCGGCGGGUAAUGGUCUUAUCGACGGUCACGACAGAUCAAAAUCAAUGGCCCAAAGGACCAAGGAUGCAAAACAAUUUUUUUUCUUUGGAGGGGGGACGAGCAAGAAAUCUUACGAGACCCCCCUUGAACUUAGGGUAGGCGAUACAGACAGUUGGCAAAAGCAGAAGGUUUCAAUCAAAGUACAUUUAGCUUCACUGCUCCAAUUUUUCUCCCCCCCCCCUUCGUGUUCAUGCGUGUUAAACCUCUCGAUAGUAUCUCAUUGUUGUCUAUCACCAGAUCCUGGCUGUUGUGUUUUGUGCGGAACGCUCAUGCAGAGAUCACGCAAGGGUUUCAAAGACACCAUGAACAUCUUCUUUCAAUUUGGAACCUGGCCUCCGGCAGUCCUUCUUAUCCUCAUCUCCAGCCUGCGGCUGUGCGUUGAUGCAGUGUCGGACUACAGCAUUGCCUCCUUCGACAACCCGACGGACCUUAAUCUUAGCUCAGCUUGCAACACCGUCUACCAGCAGCCUAUCCCGUCAUGCCAACCGUACGACUUCAACGCGCUCAACCCGUGCUCGUCUUCCUGCAUCCAGUCUCUCCAGUCCGUACAGACGGAAGCGCAAGCCGCCUGCGCGAGCCAGAGCAUACCCGCCAACUCGAUGUUGUCGUAUUUCCGAGACGGAAACGGCGUCAAUCAACUUUGCAGCGUGAUGAAGAGCGUGUCGACCACGCUGUCCUCUCAAGCUUCACCGGCCGCGGCCAGCAGCACGCAGACGACCUCGACCGUACCAGCUGGUGCUGGCGGCGUGAGCUUCGCUAGCGAAGCCGCUGCCGAUCCAAGUCAGACGAAAGGUAUGGCUUUGAGCAAGGAUGCCUUGACGGCCGUCAUCGUCGUAGUCGUGGUGGGUUCGAUCCUCAUGCUGCUCGUGUCGAUCUUUUUGUACAGGAAACACUACUUGAAGUGAGCGAGAUGGCCGGACUGAUCGAGGGUCGUGUCCGGGAUAAAGUAACGAGACCAUGAGGCGCAUUCCAUGAUACCCACGUUUACAGGGGCGAAAGAAUUGAACUCGUCGGCUGUUUUUGUAUAGCUCAACAGCUCAUGCGGUUGUUAAAGGAUAAUGAGUUCAUAUAUUUUUUGGCUUGCACGUAUGUACGUGUAGAUUGAGCCCUGCUUUUACACAGAUUGCCU